GAAGAAUGUGGGAGUGUGUGACCAUACUGUUCUCUGUGUUUCAUUCACAUUGGAAGCAUAGCAGUUAUCCGUUAGCAGAGUACACCGCCUCUUAAGUCACUCUCCCCAUUCUUGCAUUCAUUUUCUUUUCCAUAUCCUCUGCUACUUCAUCAACUCUUUUCAUGGAAGAGGCUAUCAACCAACUCUAUGCUCCUCAUCUCCGCCAACAUAAUCAAACCCUUUUUCACCCCUCUCAACCUUCUUUCCAAGGAUCAAAAUCAGUGGUGAACUUCGAGAGUGUUAGUGUUAGUGGCAGCGGGCCCUUGUUAUUGGAAGACAACACUUUUGGCGUUGAUGAUGAAGACUAUGACUGUUGCUUGCAGCAACAAGGUAGCAGUUACAAGAAGAAGAGGCUGAGAAGCGACCAAGUUGAGUUUCUGGAGAAGAGUUUCGAGGUGGACAACAAGCUUGAACCCGAAAGAAAGUUCCAACUCGCAAAACAGAUUGGCUUGCAUCCAAGGCAAGUUGCCAUAUGGUUCCAGAAUCGAAGAGCAAGGUUCAAGACCAAACGAAUUGAGAAAGAUUUUGCUGCAUUGAAACAAAGCUUUGAUACCCUUCAACAACAAUAUGACCUUCUCCUUCGUGACAAUCUCAACUUACAACAGCAGGUUGAUUCAUUGAAGAAGAGAGUAAUUCCGAGAGAAGAAGGUUUGGAUGAUGGUGUGAAUUCAAAGCAUAUAAUAGAGGAGGUGGGUGUGAAUAUGAUAUCCAAAGUGGAAGAUGCCACAACCACCACCAAUUCAUCAAAAAGCGAUGUGCUUGAUUCUGAUAGCCCAAACUACACUGAUGGAAACCAUUCCUCCUCACCUCAUCAUGAUUUCUCUUCUCAUCAUCAACAACAUAAUAACAAUAAGAACCUCUUGAAAACCCUCUCUUUCUUACCAAAGAUUGAAGAUGAUGAUGAUCAUGACAACACUUGCAAUUUUGGGCUCCCUGUUGUUGAUGAAGAUCAAGCCUUUGAUUUUUGGUCUUACUGAGGAUGUUACUGUUAGUGUUAUACUACUAUAGUUACUGCACAAUAAUAAUGUUGACCAUCCUGUUACUUGUAACUCUUACAAAAACCAAUAAAAAUUGGUAGUGUUGUGAUGUCA